AUGGUUACCUCGUCCGGGAUUACCACACAUUCGUUUUGCAUGCGGUUGAAAAGGACAACAGCGUCCGCGAAUAGGCUCUGCUUAACCAAGGCGCCAAUCAUGGUGUUCCAUGACACGACAUUCCGUUCGGGCAUUCGGUCGAACAAAGCCCGAACAAGGCCCGGAUCCGAGGAGAGAAUUCCAAGAGACGACGGUUUUUUCGGGCAUUUGGUCGAACACUCGACGAGCCCAUUCGAGGUUGUCGCAUUUUGCGUACAUGUCGAUGAGCGAGUUGCCUAUGUUGUUGUCUCGACUUUCGAGACCGUUGCGCAAGAUGUACGCGUGGCACUGCGUGCCGAGGUGAAAAUCGACGAGUUCGGCCGAGGAUGUAAUAACCGACAACAUGGUGACGCGAUCGGGCCUCAGCCCGGAUUCGAGCAUUUUACGGAAAUGAUCGACUGCUUCUUUCGUUUCACCCGUUUUCACGUGAUUCGAAAUGGCCGUAUUGUAAAGGUCCAAGUUUUUCCCAUCCGCAUGCUCGUCAAAGAGCAGUCUUGCCUUAUCGGGAUCUUUGCAUUUCAUGUACAUGUCGACAAGUGA